UCAGGGAGGGCUUAUGUGAGGAUUUUCUAUUUUAACAGUUCGUUCCACGAGACCAUUUUUCUUCAUUGUUUGCUGUUAGAAAAUGUUGGAGCUGAACACAAGGCUUUCAUUGCAGAUGUCUAUAAAGAGAACUCGGAAAGGAUAUAGACAUAUUGCUAAUGUUUCUCUUCAAACUGUGUCUGAGGUUGCGUCUCUUGGAAAGAAACUGUUCUUACCUCUGUGAUGAAAAAAAGCUCCAUCAAACCACAUCUUUCAGAGCACACCUCAGCUUCCAGGAAGCUGCAACAACUCCAUGGCAGUUGCCAACAUCUGCUUCAAGAAAUGCCAUGAGCAUAUUGAUCAAGCUGAAAGUGCUUUAUCCCUUGGCUUAUACCUUAGCUGCAGCAAAGCAUCAAAAGGCAGGUUUCCAUAUGAACAGAAACAAAGACUCAGUAGCAUGAAGCUUCAUCUCCUAAGGAAAUCUCUUUUCUUCAAAAAUUCUGAAAACUGAUUGCUUAAAAAGAAAAGAAAAACUAAGCUGAGAAAGUUGGAUUCGCAUCAACUUUGAGACUGCAUUGUUAAAGCAAGCCAGAUACAGCUCUGAAACAUUGUACAUAACGCGGCGACUCAUGAGGGAGCAACCUGGAUGAGUUCGGGAAUUUCCGAAGAAAAGGAGGCCAACUUUUAUAGCGCAUCCAUAGGAAGCGUCCCCGCUACAGCCUUGCACCACGCAGGAGACAGACUGAAGAUGUAGGCAGCUGGCAAAUGUGAAAGCAAUGAAGAGGUGUUCGGAGGCUGAUGGUGUUUUUCCUAGUACUUGCAUUUUCAGGGAAGGGCAUGGAAAGGAAGAUAAACAAGAGAUGAUUGUGGCAGGCCGAGAAGCAGCUGUAGCUGGCCAAAAUGCUCCAAAGAGAAGAGCAGUGAAAAAAGGUGUUUCGGCUCUACCAGCGGAUCAAAUGGCAGUGGUGCCAUGAGGAUGAGCCGGGCUCUGGUCCGUACUGCAGCUUGGAGUUCGGUCCCACCGGGUGGACACCAGAGAGAGCUCCAUAAACAAGCAGAACCAGCACCUUCGAUGCCAGGGUGGUCCAAAUCCGGGGGCUUCCAAGGCACCGCACGGAUGUAAGAACUGCCGCAGGUGUGGGCUUGCACUCUGCCUUUGGAGAGAUGAUGCUCCGGCGAGGAUUUCUUGUAUUUCUUUCCCGGCUUGCAGGUCUGCUCGUGGUUGCCUGUUGCUCUGUGUCCAUUGUUUAUAUGCUGGCUUGCACGCCCAAGGGGGACGGCGAGCAGCUCGCCUUGCCCAGGGCCCACAGCCCCACCGGCAAGGACGGCUACGAAGCUGUUCUGCAGGAGCGAGAGGAGCAGCAGCGCGACUACAUCGUCAGCUUGAAGAAGCAAAUCGCCCAGCUGAAGGCUGAGCUCCAGAGCAGAAAUGAGCAGCUCAAGAGCGUGCAGGAGCACUUACCGGGCUCGAUGGGGGUCCAGCUGGACCACAGCAAUCCAGCCCAAGUCCAGGCUAACCUGCUGGCUUUCCUCCACUCCCAAGUAGCCAAAGCGGAGGUGCACAGCGGCUUUAAGCUGUCCACGGAGUACGCAGUGGUGCCCUUCGAGAGCUUCACCCUGCAGAAGGUCUACCAGCUGGAGACGGGGCUCACGCGCCACCCCGAAGAGAAACCCGUGAGGAAGGACAAGCGCGAGGAGCUGGCGGAGGUCCUCGAGCUGGCCCUGGGCAGCCUGAACCGCGCGGAGGCCGACGGCAACGCGAGGCAGCGCCUCUUCACAGCCUCCGACUUCGUGGAAGGGAUCUACCGCACGGAAAAGGACAAGGGCACGUUGUACGAGCUGACUUUCAAAGGAGACGCAAAGCACCAGUUCAAGAGGAUUGUCCUGUUCCGGCCGUUCGGGCCUGUGAUGCAAGUGAAAAAUGAAAAUGUCGAUAUGGGUGACACGCUUAUUAAUGUCAUCGUCCCCUUGGCCAAGAGAGCCAGCAAAUUUCGACAGUUCAUGCAGAAUUUCAGGGAAAUGGGCAUUCAGCAGGAUGGCAGAAUUCACCUCACCGUAGUUUACUUUGGAAAAGAGCAAAUGAACGAAGUCAAAUCGAUACUCGAAAACACCUCCAAAUCAGCCAACUUCAAGAACUUCACCUUCAUCCAGCUGAAUGAAGAAUUUUCAAGAGGAAAAGGAUUAGACGUGGGUGCUCGAGUCUGGAAAGGACACAACGUUGUUCUCUUUUUUUGUGAUGUGGACAUAUACUUCACAGCUGAAUUCCUCAACUCCUGUAGACUGAACACACAGCCAGGCAAGAAAGUGUUUUAUCCUGUUCUCUUCAGCCAGUAUAACCCCAGUAUCAUUUAUGGCCACCACGAUUCCAUCCCGCCCUUAGAACAGCAGCUGAUUAUUAAAAAAGAAACUGGAUUUUGGAGAGACUUCGGGUUUGGGAUGACCUGCCAGUACAGAUCUGAUUUUAUCAACAUAGGUGGCUUUGAUCUGGACAUUAAAGGCUGGGGCGGAGAAGACGUGCACCUGUACCGCAAAUACCUGCACAGCAACCUCGUCGUGGUGCGAACGCCCGUCAGGGGCCUCUUCCACCUGUGGCACGAGAAGCGGUGCCCGGAUGAGCUGACCCCGGAGCAGUACAGGAUGUGCAUGCAGUCCAAGGCCAUGAACGAGGCUUCUCACGGCCAGCUGGGGAUGCUGGUUUUCAGGCAAGAGAUUGAGACCCACCUCCACAGGCAGAAGCUGAGCAGUAAAAAGACUUGAUGCCCGAAAGACAAAAAGCCUCCAAACGGGCUUCGGGGUGUUGUGGAAAAGAGCUGCUACCAAGAGUAAGACUGAAGGAGGAGGAAGCUGCCAGCCAGCGGACAGCAAAGGAAAAUAAGGGGAAUUGUUGGUGUUCUGGGUUUUCUUAGCAGGGGUUUGAAGUAAUCCAUUAGCCUGCCGCUCCAGCAGCUGCCGCUUCCACUGGGAAAAGCUGAUGAGACCCAAGGUUACGCAGGCUGCGGAAGCUGGGGAUGUUGCAUAAAUGCCAGCGUGAUGCACGUGGGAAUGAGCGGAUGCGCUCGGCUCUCUUGGAACGUGCACAAGAGGCAGCUGCUUAAGGGACUGACCUUCCAGAGGGCUGGUUAUGAGGAGUUGGUUUCUUAUGUCUGAUAUAUUGAAAAAGGGCUACUUUCCAGGGAGCACAGAGCUCCUGCUUGGAGAAGCAGAGGUAAACUGGAGUGACCAAAACGCUUUUUCCUUAAGGACUUUCCUAAAAGUUACUCCUAAAAGUUAUUCUCGGUUCCUUCGGAGACAAGAGGCAUCUCAGGAAGUGCUUUCUGACCGUCAGCAAGAAGCAGGACUGAGCAGCCACGUGUCACCUCCCAGAAAACAGAGGGUAGUUCAUUCUGUGCUGGGGACAGUGAACCCAAAGCAAUGAGCCGUGGCUCUAGGGACUCCAUAAUGAUGCUGCGUGGUUUUUUACUUUAGAAUACUGGAAGUAUCUUGGGAUUGAUUUUAAAUUAAGUUUGUUUUGUUCAGGAGUUACUUUGUCCUAUUCAGGUUUUUUACUUCUGGCCUUAUAAGGAAACAACGCAGGCUUCCAAUAUUUGGAAAAUGAGCUGCCAAUCUGUUGUUUGUCCCAUGGAUAGGAACUUGGUUUGGAGAAAUCCAGUGGUUUUUCUGCAGAACUGAAGUGCUGCGAGGAAGAAGCUUUACUGUUCUGAAGAAAUGGGAGUAUAUUUCAACUUGCAGCACUAAUUUAGCAGGAGACUUUAAACUGAAUGCCAGAUACCAAAUGAAUGAACAUUUUGUGACGUUAUACCAAAGCAUUUCUUCUCAACCAAAUCUCGAGUUUUUCCCCAGGGCUUAGGAAGUUUUCUUAGUUAACAAAAUAAAUGACUUUCUGUGAUUGAUUCCUGGACCAUGCAAAUGCCCUUAUGAUAAUUCUAGGCUCAUCCUAGAAGUUACUCUCCUUUUUAGUAGAUUUUUUCA